AUGUCUGAGCUGAAAGCGGCUUUGAAGGAGGCCAAAAAGCUGCUCAGUACAGGCAAAAGCGAUGAUGCUCUCAGUGCAUUGCAAGGUUUACUCGAUGAUGGCAUUGAAGACUACAUGCUAUUUUCCUUCGCUGCUCUAGCGCAUGCUAAUCUUGAUGACGCUAAAGAAGCUAGGACUUUAUAUGAAAAGGCCAUCAAGUUAGACACUAAGCUGCCAGCCGCAUGGCAAGGACUGCACAAAUUGUUUGAUUCGGGUAAGCUACCUGCAGAUGAUCGUGCUUUGGAAGUGUGCGAUCACCUAAUAGCAUCAAGGUACUUGUUUCUUUUUCUUUUUAGCUCAUUUUAG